CCGGGCGGGUCACGUGGCCGCGCCCUCCCGGUGCGCUCGGGGGCCGCAGGAUCCGGCUGCCGGCCCCGCCGCCCCCUGCCCUGCCCUGCCAUCCCUUCCCUGCGCUGUCAGCGGCCCCGCCAGCACCAACAGGAGCCCGGCCAGCGGCACUCGCAGCCCCGCACCGGGGGGUGGGCAGUCGGCUGCCGCGCUCGGCCAGGAGAUUUCAACGAUCCCAAGACAAAAGUUCUGCAGAAAUGAGCUCUUGUCAAGUCACUUUUGAAAUAAGGGGACCAUCAGCACCAGGAGAGGUUUUUGCAAUAUGUGGGUGUUGCAGUGCUUUGGGAAAUUGGAAUCCCCAGCUUGCAGUGGUCCUCCAGAUUACGGAUGAUAUGUUUGAGAGAAGAUGGAGAACUACUGUAGAGCUUCCUAGAGGAGUUCCUGUUCAGUAUCGGUAUUUUAAGGGAUACUUUCUAGAACCUAAGACUAUCGAUGGUCCCUGCGAAGUCAUAGUUCACACGUGGGAGACUCAUCUACAACCACGAUCAAUUACCCCUUUAGAAAAUAAAAUUAUUGUCGAUGAUGGAGACUUUGGAAUCUGUAAUGGUAUUAAAACUGUGGAUGCUGGUUGGCUGACAUGUCAGACAGAAAUCAGGCUACGUCUGCAUUAUUCUGAGAAACCCCCUGUACUGAUUUCUAAGAAGAAAUUUAAAACAUCAAGGUUUAGAGUAAAAUUGACCCUAGAAGGCCUAGAGAAGGAUGAUGAUGAAGACAAGACAUCCCCUACUGUUCCCCAGAAAAUGGCAAACACGGUGGAGUUCUCCUUGAUCAGUAACGACGACUACAAGUGUCGGCACUCUCAGCCUGACUGUGGCUAUGCCUUGCAGCCAGACCGGUGGAUAGAAUACACAAUACAAACCAUGGAGCCUGAUAACUUGGAGUUAAUAUUUGAUUUUUUUGAGGAAGAUUUAGGUGAGAAGGUAGUACAAGAUGAUGUGCUCCCAGGUCACGUAGGCUCUGCCUGCCUCCUGUCAUCCACAAUUGCAGAACCUGGAAAGAGUGCUGGAGUUCUUUCACUCGCCAUUAUGAGCAGAAAUCCAAGGAAGACAAUUGGAAAAGUUAGAGUGGACUACAUAAUUAUCAGACCUAUCCAGGGAUACACUUGUGAUAUGCAGGCUUCAUAUGCAAAGUACUGGAAACCAAGAACAGCUCUGGAUGUUGGACACAGGGGAGCAGGGAAUUCUACAACAACCACUAAGCUUGCUAAAGUUCAAGAGAACACCAUUGCAUCCCUGAGGAGUGCUGCUAGUCAUGGAGCAGCAUUUGUGGAAUUUGAUGUACAUCUCUCUAAAGAUCAUGUGCCUAUAGUAUACCAUGAUCUCACGUGUUGCAUGGCCAUGAAAAAGAAACUGGAUACAGAGCCUUUGGAACUGUUUGAGAUUGCAGUCAAAGAACUCACAUUCGAUCAGCUGCAGUUGUUAAAGCUGGCUCACGUGACGGCCCUGAAAGUAAAAGAUCACAAUGCAUCUUUUAGCGAUGAAGAGAACUCUGCUUUUGAGAUGCAGCCAUUUCCUUCUCUGCAAAGAGUCCUGGAGUCUGUUCCUAACGAUGUUGGGUUUGACAUAGAAAUAAAAUGGAUCUCCCAACAAAGGGAUGGACAAUGGGAUGGCAACUUGUCAACUUACUUUGAUAUGAACCUUUUUCUAGAUAUUAUUCUGAAAACUGUUUUGAUGAAUGCUGGACGAAGAAGAAUUGUGUUUUCUUCUUUUCAUGCAGAUAUUUGUACAAUGAUCCGACAUAAGCAGAACAAGUAUCCUGUGCUGUUUCUCACCCAAGGGGAAUCUAAACUCUAUCCAGAGCUCAUGGAUCUCAGAUCUCGCACAACUUCAAUUGCCAUUAACUUUGCACAGUUUGAAAACUUGCUGGGAAUUAGUGUGCAUUCUGAAGACCUGCUGAGGAAUCCAUCAUUUAUUAAACGGGCCAUAUCCAAAGGCCUGGUUAUUUUUACGUGGGGUGAUGAUACAAACGACCCAGAUAACAGGAAGAAGUUGAGAGAAUAUGGUGUUCAUGGGUUAAUAUAUGACAGGAUAUACGACCAAAAUCCUGAACAACCAAACAUAUUCCAGGUGGAGCAGCUGGAACGUCUCAAGAGAGAGCUGCCAGAGUUGAAAAGCUGUGUGACCCCCACAGUUAGCCACUUCAAAGCCAUAACUCCAUGUAAAUGCCAUCAUUGUUGCAAGGAAGAGACACCUGUAGAUAACUUGAAGUGUUUUCAGAUGAAGAAGGACUAAUUUUAGGCAGAGUGCUGUUUUGUAUCUAUAGAAUUUUCACCAUUGGAAUAGUUCUGUCUAUGCUUUCAGGUUGGUUUGGUUUAAUUUUAAGUCUUCAAAUAGCAAUAACUGUGUUCCUCCUUCCUAACAGUACUUAGUAAAAUUUCAAGCAAUGUUAAAAUAUUCAGCCAGUUACAGUUAUUGUUCCAAAUUACAUACACAGUUUUAACUUUUUCCUCACAUCAUAUCAAGUCUUGAAAAAGAAAAUUAUUGUGAUAUUAUUUUGCUUUUAAAAAAACCAAAAAUUAAUUAAGUAGUCUCAGUAGUGAAAGCUCGGAAACUAAAUUGUAGAGAAAUUACAAUAAUCUGGUAUUGAAUAUGCUGAAAUUUUGUUUUAAUUUUGAUUUUACUUACAGGCUGACAAGCUGUAGCAUUUAUCUGACAGCAGGAAAUUGAGUGAUUUUUAAGAUACUUAUAAAUAGAUCUGGCCUAUACAUGAUCUGAACAAAUUGGUACCUCAUGUAUAUGUAUUUGCACUGGUAGAUCCACCUGUACAAAGCUUUGUGCCAUUUUAAAAUAUUUUAUUUUUUAGCAAACUGCAGCUCGUUUUCCCCCACUUGAUUGGAAUUGAGGCUGCUGCCUUUGUUUCCUCAGCCCCCAGCUGAGUGGUGCAGCAAUCAGGGGGGAACCACGAGUACAGGUUGUUCAUUAAUCACACACAGGCCUGCUAAAGUUUAAAAAUGUUGCUAAUAAUUGUAACAGAAUUACAGAAACAUCUUCAGUGGUCAAUAAUCUUUUUUGCACAGUAACCUUAAUGAACAGAGUGUGUACCCUGCACAAACUCUACAAAAUGCAUGCUUUAUCUACUAAGCAUGAAUUUUAGGUGUUUGCUGAGGUCCUUGCAUCUUUAUGGUGCUAGUUAUGUGUGAAGGGUGCAAGGACCAACUCAACAACUUAAUCUCCUUUGCCUGAGAAACCACAAGCCUGUUAUUCACAAACAUUUGGAGAAGAGGCUCUACCAUACUUGGUAUGUAUGUGUACCCUACAUGGUUUGUCUGUCUUACUUAUAAUGCAAGCUACUGGCUUUUGUAUUUUGCAAGAUUUUUUGGCUUUUACCAUGGAGCAAGAAUCACAAAUGUACUGGAUUCAGAUAAUCAGUAUUCUGUUGGCUGGUAUCUAUCCUCUGUAAUUUAUUACAAAGUCAUAGUUUGGAGUUCUUAAUAGAUAAGUAUGCAUGUCCCUUCUCCUCCUGAUGUUGCAGGUCAUGCCAACACAACAGCUGUAACUUUCUACUGAAAUGUUAAUGUAUAAUAAGAAUGGAAAAUAUUUAUUUUUUUUUUCUCUUGUAAAUUGACAAUGAAAACAAUAGUAUGUACUAUAUUCUUUAUAUACAGUCAUUGCUACAUAUAGAACUGAUUGUACAAAGAGUAAAGCCAUUGCAAAUAAGUGUUUGAGCCUGCACUGCUGAGCAGUUCAAAACAGCUUGUUUUGACUUGUGCAUUUUAGUAUUUAAAGUUUGUCCUGCACAAACAGCACAAUAGUAUUAGAUAUCUGGAAGCCUUCUUUUAUUAAAAAAAAAAAAAAAACAACAAACAAAACCACAAAACAUCCCUAAACCAAAA